UGUACAACAUUUAUUAGGUGAGUUCAUCGAUUGGGAUGAGGAAUAAUUGCUUCUCAGAAAUCAUCUGCCAAUUCUUCAUCGCAGGUCGCCAUUGUUGGGGCUAAUGUCUGCUCCCAUUAAGAGCCUUGAUUACGAGAUUUUUUAUAAUGAGUUAUUCGUGCAAGAUUGGAGGAAUCGUGAGGAUUUCCAGAUAUUUCUAUUACUUGGUUAUGAAGUGGCUUUCAUGCUUCUUGAUCUGUUUGAUAAUGGGUCUUGUUGGUUUUUGAAGCAACCUGGCAGUGGAAAAUAUUGCAGGGAAGAAGUUUGUGAUAACUUCGAAUAUUAUGAUGCGUUAGGAAUUAUAACCCUCCACAAUGGUCGGGGUUUCAUAUCUCGAGAUUUUGUUACAUAUGGAGUGCUUUUCGUGCUCCUGUUGGUGGUGUACUAUUUGCUUUUGAAGAGAUGGCAUCUUGGUAUGUAUUAUUCCCUUGUCUAGAAAGCCAUGUUGAGCCAUACAUGAGGCUGGUAGACUGUCGCCGAUGUGUUAACGAGUCGAGGAUGUUGAAAAAGAGGAUACUUCUAAGCUAUUCGUUGAUGAUUUUGCAAAGAAGGGGUCAGAGACGUUGAAAGGAUUGAACAUGUACAAUUGAUCGAAGACGAGAUGGAGAUGGUCAAUGAUGGUAGCGAAUUUGUGAGAAAAUAAAUAUAAUUUUCAAAAAUAAAAAAUCUAAAUUAUCAUUAAAAAUAAAAAAAAAUAAUAAAAAGUACAAUUUCCAAAGAUAUUGCAAUUGGAGCCUCUCUCUCUUGAGAUAUUUGUGAAUCUCUAUACAUUGCUUGAAGUUCAAUUAAAGUUGG